AUGAGUGCUGUCAGAUCAACGAACAAGCGACGCCACCAACGUAGCGCGAUUUCUUCGCCGUAUGCCAGACCAGCAGCCAAGAAAUCGUCAUGGAGUCUAUUUGGAUUUCUGAAUUACUUGAAUCCGUUGAGAGCCAGACAAACUCAAGAAGAUACGGAGUCUGAUUCAUCGUCGAGCGUAGAGGACGAGUCGUUCUCUGCCGGGGAGGUCUCAGAUGCUGCCCCGCAGACACUCACCAGCCGGGGGAAGCAGAUGGAGGAGCACCUCAGUAUUGGUCGAAGUCCCGGCCUCCAGAACGCCUUUUCAGCGCCACAUCCUUCCCAUCCUGCGCCCACUACCCCGACACCUUCGCGUGCUAGCGCAUCAUAUCCUUUUCGGGUUUCCCCAUCGCCAGCCAAGAACUUAGAGACCGUGUCUACUUUUCUUACGGAGCACCGAGGUAAACGGCUUAGUGAGGUCGAAGUCCAAGGUCUUGUCUCGCUCAUUGAGAACAGUAAACCUUCCGACAGCUCCGAGCCAUUUCGCUUCACCAGCACGCCGGCAGGGAGGUCCGCAUCGCCACUGGCUCAGAGUUCAUCAUUGCCUUCUAUGGCUUCUGCUACUCCUCGUAAAGUUCUGACCAAGAACCCAAACGGCGUUUACCGCUGGGAAGGAGCUGGAAGCGCUAAACGCUCACGUAACCGAUAUCAUUCACCUGCCUUUGGGCCCUCCCGGUCUACUCCCGACCGCCUCAAACUAGGGACUUCUUCGCCCGACCAACCUCCAGUUCCAAGAAUGGAUACCAAACGAAGACGGCUAGGAGAAGAUGCUGCAAGUUCAAGCGCAUCUCCCAGUGGUGUUAGCUUGUCCAACGGACAUCCAGUUCACGCUAAGACACCUUCACCCCCACCUCGUGCUGGUGCCCCUGCCCCUUCGCCUACCCGCGCUGCUCAAGCAUGUCCAUUCCCAUCACUGAAUAGCCCCCUUAGUCCCUCGCCUACUACUAAUGGAAGCUCGAAUCAAGCUCACAGCAAGACCAACGGCGCGACGCCAUCUCGCCUCAGAAUCCCACAAAAGCCCACAACGCCUGUCAUUCCCUCUCCUUUGCGGCAGACUUGGGGCCAGCAAGCCGACGGUUCUCCCCCUCAAGCUGGAUCAUCAUCUGAGCAACCUCAGCGGCAAACUAUGGCUGCAAACUUCAUGACAGAGCUCAUCAAAGAAGUAACGCCGCCAAAGAGACCCGACGUCAGCAAUCCAUACCAGACCGCAAGCCCCGUGAAACCGACUCCCUCGUCGAGGCCUAAGCCGAAGCGGGCACGAGCAACAGGGAAGCCCACGGCGCCUCCAGGGCGUGACGCAGAACAAACGGAUAACAAACCAGAAAUUUCGAAGACGGAGAAGCCUCUGUCCGAGUAUUCCCCUCAGGCUAUCAUUGAGGCCACGUUGCCCAAGGGUAGCAAACGUUCGAGACCGACAUUCGGUAAACCCGCUGCUAAGAACGAUACACCAGAAACCAGUGGUGAUGACGACGUUGAUAUGGACGAUAGAUCGUCAAAACGCCGCAAAGAUGAGCCUGUGGGUUUCUUAGGAGUACGCUCGACUCCCCAGGCUGCUGCUCCUCCGCCCAUAAUACGAGUCGAGUCCGUCGAUGAUACCGAGAUGUCGUCCAAUGAAUCGUCUACGUCAACCGGCUCGAUAUUGGAAACACCGGCAAGCACAGCCGCUCCUGCAUCUAGGUCAACGAUGGCGAUGCCUUUGUUUGGCAUACCCAAGGCAUCGAGUAUCCCGAGAGAGCCAUCGAAGCUGCGACAUAGCUAUCAACCGGAUGGCAGCGCAGACGAUGCUUCGAAAGGUGACAACGACGUCCCCCCUACUCCCAAGUUAUCUCCCGCCCAGGUGCCGCCCCCAGCGUCGGAGCCUCUCAAGUCCCCAACGAAGAGUGCGUUCGGCCUAGGACUCGGGUUCCCGUCUCGCAGUGAGCAGGCCCCGGCGAAGGCCGCUCCACCAUUAGACGAUCCCAAAGCCGCGGCGCUUGCUAUGCCUGCGACGUCGCUUCCUGCGUUUACGUUCAAGGUUCCCCGGAGGUCGUCAUCUGGAACGGACGUUGCAGCCAUGGACUAUGCGAGGAGUGUGCCCAUUGAGAAGUUGCCAAAGUUCGAGUUUGUGUUUGGGAAGCAGAAAGCGACAGCGACACCUGCUACUCCUAGUGUUCCCACUCCUAGCACGACGACGACGUCGCAAGGAUUUGACUGGGCUGCAGCAGGGAUGAAGCCUGCUGCGCCGAAGGCGGGAGGCGGGUGGACUUGCAACACAUGCAUGCUGCCCAAUCCCGCGACGGCCCUUGACAAGUGUACAGUUUGCGAGACCCCGCGGUGA